AAGCUCACAUAUAUACAUUUCAUGAAGAACACACAUCUUCGAAGAAGGACCAUCCAGCUUGUCAUGAGAGUAACUUGAAGAAAGGAAUUUGAACCUUGCUCCUUUACAGGUUACACAAAAUACCUGGGAAGGAAAACUUGCCUUUGAGCUUCUGUCUGUGGAGAAUAUAUAAAGGUCUGAGUCACUGACAAUGGAAGCAGCACCAAUCAACAUGUCACAAAGCCCACUAGUGAAUGGGGCCAUUGGUGCUAAACUGAAGAAAUGCAAACCUCGUGUGAUGUCCAAAAGUGGCCACAGCAAUGUCAGGAUUGAUAAAGUGGAUGGCAUUUACUUACUUUAUCUUCAGGAUCUGUGGACCACUGUCAUUGACAUGAAGUGGAGAUAUAAACUUACUUUGUUUGCAGCUACUUUUGUAAUGACUUGGUUUCUUUUUGGAGUCAUCUAUUAUGCCAUUGCAUUUCUUCAUGGAGACCUGGAAGGAAGCAAAUACCCACGUAAACAUGUUCCCUGUGUCAUGAAUGUAGACUCCCUAACUGGAGCAUUUCUCUUUUCUUUGGAGUCACAAACAACCAUUGGUUAUGGUUUUCGUUUCAUCACUGAAGAGUGCCCUCAUGCCAUUUUCCUCUUAGUUGCUCAACUGGUCAUCACAACUUUGAUUGAAAUCUUCAUCACUGGUACCUUCCUAGCCAAAAUUGCCAGACCUAAAAAGCGAGCAGAGACCAUUAAAUUCAGUCAUUGUGCUGUCAUCACCAAACACAAUGGACAUCUUUGCCUGGUGAUCCGAGUGGCAAAUAUGAGAAAGAGCCUUCUGAUCCAGUGCCAGCUGUCUGGAAAGCUUCUGCAGACCUAUGAAACCAAAGAAGGAGAGAGGCUCCUGCUUAACCAAGCUGCUGUCAAAUUCCAUGUUGAUUCCUCAUCUGAAAGUCCCUUCUUGAUUUUACCUUUGACUUUUUACCAUAUAUUGGAUGAGAACAGCCCUUUAAGAGAUCUUACACCCCAGAACCUAAAAGAAAAAGAUUUUGAACUUGUUGUCCUCUUGAAUGCCACGGUUGAGUCAACAAGUGCAGUUUGCCAGAGCCGAACCUCAUACAUUCCAGAGGAGAUCUUCUGGGGUUAUGAGUUUAUGCCUGUAAUUUCUCUCUCUCAGAAUGGGAAAUACGUUGCAGAUUUUAGUCAGUUUGAGCAGAUCAGAAGUGCAGAUUGCAACUUAUACAGUAUGGACUCUGAAAAGCAAAAACUGGAAGAGCAAUAUAGAAAGGAAGACCAAAGAGACAGAGAACGCAGAACAAUGUUAUUUCAGCAAAGCAAUGUUUGAAUUUUCAUUCAUCAUUAACUUUAAUAAAGUAUAUAUUCUUCUGAAAAAUGGAUAGGCUGCAAAGUCUUGUCUAAACAGCCAUGAUGCAGAGAGUAUCUCAAUGCAUGAUGCUUACGUUUGUUUUAAUUGGAUGGAACUGUUUGGGCUAUAAAGUGGCAUAACUAAGAUGGCUUUCUCUUAAGGAGUUUUGAUAUGUUGAACAAAUGUCUCCAAAUACAUAUUCAACGUAGUUUAGUUUUAUAAGUAAGACAAAACAAUUGCUUUUGAAAGGUAAUCUGCAGGACUUUAUUUAUGUAGAUUCGCAUUAGUUAAGAAAAUAAAAAUGUGGUUCAGUCUGUGCAGAAUAAUAGUGAGGUUGGAAAUCAGUUUUUUUUUUAAAAAUCAUUCUUCAUUGAGAGAAAGCUGUUAGUCUGAUAAUAGCAGAUAGACUCAAAGAUGGCUCCACAGUGCAAUGAGAGCUUAAGGUGGGGGGGUGACAUGACCACUACUUUUAUGCCAGUACAGAUCUGCUUUCAAAACUUGUAAGCCUCCCAGCUGUAGAAGAGUUAUCCAGAAGGAUCCACCUAGAUAAAAUGAUCCUCUCCAGAGCUAGAGUAAAUGUCUGUGUUGUGUCCAAGGAAUGAAGGAGCAGGUCAAAGGAUGGAGGAAGAUGCUACCUUUUUAUGACAAAGGUGCUUGAUGACCUAAGGAAAAUGCCUGCCUCUAGUUCACAAGCAACUUGCUCUGCUCUCCUCCCUCACACCCCAAUCAAGCAUGGGAAGCAGGAUCUAGCAUAUUUUCUUCCCUAUCUGCCAUCCAAGUCUGGUAGGGAAAACUACCACUCACCAGUAUAACUGAUCCGCUGUAAGUUAAAUAAUUAAAAAGAUCUUGGGUGUUUUAGAGAAUAGUUUGCUUUGUGGUGCUAUUUUGAGUAAGCAGUCUAAGCAUGGGGUUAAAAAGAUUUUUUUUUAAAGUGCAACUAACAAUAUUUGUUUUUAUGCAGUGUAUAUAACAUUAUAGUAACGUUGUAAAAGGUUAC